CAAUUAUUUUUUGUCUUUGUCUUAGGCGAACUCUGUCGUCCACUUAACUGCAAAAAGAAGGAACUCUGUUUACUCGAAGACACAUUUACUGCCGUUUGUGUAUCAAAGAAAGAACUUCACAAAUCAGGUGACGUGGUAAUACCGAAAUCAUUGGCUGUUCAACAACGACGAAUGAGAACGGAUAGUUCAGCUGAUACACAAGACGACGAUGCCUUUUUCGAUUCGGAGGACGAUGAUGAGGAUCAGGACGAGUCUAAGUGCCAGGAAUGUCCCGUGGUGAAACCGACGUUCCUCUGCGGAAGCGACAAUCGUACGUACAGCUCGCCGUGUCGUUUGGAGUACCACAAUUGCAUUCACCACACCUCCGUCCACAUUGCCUGCAAAGGCUUCUGUCCGUGCAAAGGUACAGAUUUACGGGCGCAUACGAAGAAAACGCAAACGCAGCGACAAAAAUCACUCAUGGGAAAAAUAGGUCGCAAUCAUGACUUCACUCUUACUCCACGAGAUUUCAACUAUGACAAUCAUCACUAUCGUUAUCUCAAAUAUACGAAGCGUGCGAAGACACUUGCCUCAGCUAACAGAUACGACGAUAAACAUUUGUUAAGCAACGAAGUUAUAGAAAAAUCACCAUCAUCGAUGAAAUCAAGCUACAACACGGAUUGCCCGCCAUCAUCUAAACCAGCUAUGGCAAAUCGACUUUUGGAUUGGUUUUCGGUUGUGAUGGCGGAUGCCAAGCAUCGUCGUCAACAUCCUAAACCCAUAGGUCAUUUCCCAAUUCCAUGCCAGAGCGAAGUUAGGUGGAUGUUUGGACAUUUGGACAGUGAUAGCGAUGGUAGAAUCUCGCUUUCUGAACUUUACGGAUUGGAACACGAUCAGAACGAGCCAUGCCUAAAGCCCUUCCUCGAUAGCUGCGACACUGAUGGUGAUAUUUUCGUGAGCGGUAUGGAAUGGUGCGGUUGUUUCGCAAAGGCCGAACGACCUUGCGCUGCAGUACGUAGACGAUCGCCAUUGGAAGUAGCACCGGCAUGUGAUUCCAGAGGAUAUUAUCGAAGCACUCAAUGUCAUCGAGGACUUGGGCUUUGUUGGUGCGUUGAUCCGCACGGCGUUGAAUUCGCUGGUACUAGAACUCGUGGUACAAAACCUGAUUGUGAUACAAUCGUGAACAAGAUCAGCAAUGGUGGUUUGAAAACGAAUAGCGUCGAUCUCGACGACGACGAAGAUGGUGGUACAGAUUCAACCCAGGAUCUUGAAGGUUCAGCCGAUCAGCCAUUAGAUUUUUAGAUAUAUCGAUUCGAUCGGCCCAGGAUAAAUAAAAGGAGAUAAACAAGAUAAAUAAGUAGGCUGAGCAAAAAAACAACGGCAUGUUGUAACGAUGAAGGGGAGGCGGAGGGAGCAGAGCAAAGGGAGCAACACCUUAAAAACAUGAUGUUUGUAGUAUUUUAUAAUCGCACGAGUAAUUCCUUUCUUGCGGAUUGUGUUGCCCGUCUAUUCGUCCAUCGACCUCGAAAUUGAGGGCAUCGUUAAAAGAGAAAAAGAGAGGAAAGGAGAACGAGAGAGAGAGAGAGAGAGAAAGAGAAAGAGAGACGGAGAGAGAAAGAGAGACGGAGAGAGAAGAAGAAAAAGUGAAAAAAAGAAAAAAGGCUCAGUUUAUAAUCUGAAUAAUGAAGGCGAGCCAAAAUGGAAUUAGAAAGCAAUGAGAGAAGCACCUUGUUAGCUAUUUGAUUCGUUCUACGACAAUGAUUCACUAAAAGUAGAAAGAAAUUAUUAUCAAUAUUAUUAUUAUUGUUAUUGUUAUUAUUAUUGUUGUUAUUAUUAUUAUUAUUAUUAUUAUUAUUAUUAUCAUUAUUAUUAUUAUUAUUAUUACUACUAUUUGUCUUUCAUUUUAUAUAUCUAUCUGUCUAUCUCUCUUUCUCUCUUAUCCUUUAAAUCCUCACGAAACUCAUGUUUCUUGCAAAUACAACAAACAACAACAAACAACAAACAACAACAACAACAACAACAACAACGCCUUUUCCUCUAAUGCGAUACUACUACGAUUAGUUAGAGUUAGAUAUCUUACGUCAUUUGUGCAAUAUACAAUACAAUGUAGAUUCUCAUCGUCGCAAUGCGAAUUGGCUUGUACGUUAAAUGAAAUCUAUUAGAAAAGGAACGUCGAUCUGUGUGUCGUCUUUAUCUGAUCCUUUGAAAAAAAAAAAUAAUAAUAAAUAAAUAAAUAAAUAAAUAAACAAAUAAACAAAUAAAUAAAUAAAUAAAUAAAUAAAUUACAUUGCCGUGCACAAUUCGUCUGUAAGUAGAUAUAGAAUCGUGGAAUUUGUUAAUGCGAAGGUCGAAGUUGAAGAGGGAGAAAAAAAUAAAAGAAGAAAAAGAAAAUUGAUGAAGAAUAUGAGCGAUAGAAGAUGGGGGGGAAAAAAAAAGGAUGUGGGAGUACCGAUAAAAGAAGACAAUUCUUCAUUUUGUUAGCCGGAUAAAUUCCCGCUGUAAUGUGGGUGAUAGAAGAAAAAAGGAAAAAAAGAAAAAAGGACGAAAGAAGCAUUAGAUAUGGAAGAUACCAUUCGACGAGAAA